AUGAGUGAGGAGAAGCAGGAAAAGGAAAAGGUAAUGGAAAAGAUGAAGGAAAAGGAAAACAAGCCUGCAAAUGAAUCUUUGGUGCAGAGUAUGGAGACUAAGACAACUAAUCUGGAGAAAGUUUUGGAUAUAGGAAAGGAAUCUAACUCAGAAAUCAGUCAGACCAAUAAGGAGGUUAAUGAUGUCGUCUGUGACCAAAAUGAUGAUAAUAAUAAUGAUGAUGAUCAGGAGGAAAAGAAGGAAAAGGAGAAAAAGGAAGAGGGCCAGGAGAGCCUGGACCAGAAAGUUUAUGAUAGCAAUGACAAUCACAUUAAUUCAAACAUGGAUAAACUGGAAGAUGAUUCAAUUUCUUGGUCAACCAUUCAUGAGCUUGAGAAGCAAUACUAUGAAACCUAUGUUCAAUUGACACAUAAACUAGAUCAUUUGGUAUACCUUCAAAAACUCAAGAGUCUCACGUCGACCCCAGUCGAAAAGCUCGCACCAAAGGUCAAACAGAUUCAGGAUGAAUUGAUGGUUCAUUCAAGCUUGCAAGAUCUCUUUGAGUUUCUUCAUACGGCCAACUACGUAACAAAGACUGAUGACUUGCUCAAUCGGUAUUUGAUGAUGAUCAAUCCUAUUCAGAAAGCUUUACAUUACGCUGAUCUUAAUACUUCUGAAGCCAAGAUUCUCGAAUUCAUGGAUGAACUAUAUAACGAAAACAAUCCUAAAGGCACUUUUAGUGUAUCUGGAAACGAGAAAAAGUCGUUGACAAUGAGAGUUCAAGAAAUCUAUAAUCGAAUUGGUAGCAAAGCGUCUAAAGAAGAUGCUAUUAAGGAAUAUGAAAAAGUUAGAGUCCAGAAACAAGAAAUUAGAGACUUGGUUCAGGAGAUUAAAACUGUAAAAUUAGAAUCUAGUGGGCUACGACCGAAAUACGAUGCAUUGGUAUCUGGGGAACAAGGUGGUCUUGUGCAAACACACGUAAAAAAUGUUAAACAAUUGGUUGUGAAGUGGAGGAGAUCGGAGUUAUUGAGUCAUUUGUUGGUGCUGUUGAUUACCAAUCUACCGUAUUCGUGGUAUGAUGACGAAACGGAAAAGAAUCACGAGGGUGUCAAUGUUAAUGGCGAAAUGAGUGGAGACGAGUAUGGUGGAGAAUUGGUGAGGAUGAUAGUAAAGGAUUUGCCCGAGAUUAAGGAAAAGCUUUGUUUGAAUCAGCUGAUUGUGAAUGUGGACACAGUUGAAGAGUUGAGUUUACAAGAGUUGGUAAGAUUGAAAUUUGCUGAAAGUUGA